AUGAUUUUAAUAUUCAGUCAACCUACUGAAAGCCUCAUGUACGAUACACCCAUUUAGUUUAUUUCAAAUCAAAUCAAAUUUAGUUUGCAUAAACUAGAUUUAUGGAAAUAAGGAACAACAUAUUAGGUUUUAAUGGGAUGUUCUUUCCUGGGAGCUCUUUGUGUCUAAUUUAUUGCAUUUUAAAUCGUCAACCCAUGACUGCUGAUGAAAACAAAUCUGCCACAUUUCCAUGUUAAAUCAAUGCGCUGUCAUUUGCAUGGUUUGAAUUUUUUGUGAAUCUAGAAUAAUAAUGCUGUUAGUCAGCCUGACUCUCCAACCCUGCAAGGCUGAGGAAUCAGGCGUGGUUUAUUUAUUUUUCGUGGUAAUUUUCAUUCACCAGCAUCCCUCCAUCUCCUGAUUUCAUGUAUGAACUUUAUUCCGGUCUGAAUUUCCGUGUGGAUUGGAGCACCAAGGUGAGCUGUACAUGUCCACGCUCGCUCAGCCUGCAGCUUCGCUCGGGGGGCUUCCAGCUCAACUCUUCAGUUAUGCACCAAGCCAAGAAGCCCACUCCUUCCUGGCUCCUGAUACGUUCAUCCGUCACCCGAGACAUCCACCUUCCCAGCAUGUCGCUGAAGGUCCAGACCAGUAACGUGACAAACAAGACAGACCCCAAGUCCAUCAACUCCCGAGUGUUCAUCGGCAACCUAAACACCGCGGUGGUGAAGAAAUCAGACGUAGAGAGCAUCUUUUCCAAGUAUGGCCGAGUGCUCGGCUGCUCCGUGCACAAAGGGUUUGCCUUCGUCCAGUAUGCCAACGAGAGGCACGCACGGGGGGCUGUGAUUGGGGAGAACGGCAGGGUGCUCGCAGGACAAACACUGGAUAUCAACAUGGCAGGAGAACCGAGACCAAACAGACCCAAAGGCCUGAAGCGUUCAUCUGCUGCCCUCUACAAUGGCUACGAGUUUGACUACGAUUACUACAGAGAGGACUUCUACGACAGGUUGUUCGAGUUUCGCGGCAGAGUGUCUCCGAUCCCUCGGGUGGUUCCGGUCAAACGUCCGAGAGUGGCGGUACCGCUGGUGAGGCGGGUCAAAUCUCUGCCGGUCAAAGUGUUAGCAUGCAGCGCCACCGUCCUUCCCGCCAACGGCAACAAAAGGAGAUCGGUGAAAGGGACCGAGCUGCAGGCCAUCAAGUCCGAGCUGACUCAGAUCAAAAGCAACAUCGAGGCUUUGCUGGGCCGACUGGAGCAGAUCACAGAAGAGACGCGCAUCGCCGCCACAGAUCUGAUCAAAGCAGAGGAGUGUCAGAGCGAGGAGACAUGGCAGGAAGGGGAGGAGACGAGCUCGGAGCUGGAGGACGAGGAGGAAGAUCAGAGACAGAACAGCAACGCUGAAGAGGAGGAGGAGGACGGCGAGGAGGAGGAAGAGCACCGGCAGGAUGACACUCACAACCACGGGGAGAACAGUUGCCCUUCACCAGAAAUGGAUUCUGUUCAUCCAUGAGAGGAGCUGCCGGUGGGAGAAAGACGGAGAGCUACGAACAAACGAGUGGAUAUAAAAACAGAACGGCCAUCAAACAGCAGGGACUCUCAGCAAAACACGUGCAAACACAGAUGAAGAUACACUGAAAAGAGACAGACUCGACACUUUGUCCAAGCACCAGGAAGACAUUAAAACAGCGGGAACUGCCAGGACGCAUCACGAACAGUUGAGUUUGAAACACAUGCGCUCACAUUUAAGAAGACAUCAGCGGGGACUCAAACCGUGGGGAGAGGCUAAAAACAGCAGGAUGCUGUCAAAACCUGUGGUGAACUGGUUUUAUGCACACUCCAUGAGACAUCUCUCCGUGCUGCUGCAGCCACGUCUGGAGGAGCCGAAGAUCACUGAGGCCUCCGUCCUCAACCCAGUCAUCACCGUCUGAUUUAAUUAGGAUUUCUACACGAUUGGGAGGAAUUUUAGUUUGUAAAAUCUGUCCUCCACAGAGCUGAGCUGAAGCUGAUUGUAUUUCUGUUUAGGUUUUGUCUCCAUAAAGCAUAACCCUGAAGUAAAACAUUUGAUAAAGAGGCUGUAGCCAGAUUUUAUUUCAGUUCAUGACGCGCUGCCAGACAAGAAGCCAGUUUAAGAUUAAAGUUAAUCGAUUGGUUGAACGUUUGGUGUGCAGGCGAACAUUUUUUAUUCACCAAAAACAACAAGGUGAGCCCCGGUUGCAAGAGUCAUUUCAGAGUAAAUACGUAAUCAUACUCGUGCUUUCAUGAUAUUUGUACAACUGUUUACAGUUUGUUGUGUGUAAAAAAUGUCUUCUUUUAAAACGGAUGCCUGCAAAAUGUUUUAAUAAAAGUUGUGAAGGCUGCAGAUCGGCAACCUUCAACCUUAUCGUGCACAAAAUGAUUCAGCCCAUCAGAUGUAAAAGCUGUCUCUCCAUUUUUAAUGUGAAAUGCAAGAAGAUCAUAGACGACAAUAUAAACUCUCAUUUAAAAUCCAGGAAUGUCAGAAAUCUCCGAACCAAUCAACAGCACCGCUUGGAAGCAAGUUUAUUACGUAAUUAACAUGCUGGGUGUUCAUUUCGGCAGAGAGAGCGGCACGGAGCUGCGUUCAUAGAUUUAGAGUAAAGAGAAAAACAUUUUAAUGUUGGUUGGAUGUCGAUGGGGAUGCAACAGUUUGGUUUUUCUGAGGCUCCACACACAGGAAGUCCCCCGACCUCUGGGCUGCGGCGGAGCUUUUCACCGUUUACAUGUUGUUCAGCAAAGGCUUUUAUUUCAGCAGGCUUUCCUGGAGGGCUGAGGCUGGCCUUGUGAGUAAAACAAAACAUGCUUUUGAACUACAGAUUACACAGAUUGCAUCAUUAACCAGGAAUAAGUGAGUCUUUGGGAUAUUUCAGUGUAUUGCUGCAGCUGCUUUAUGUGGAGGAGAAACUUUCCACACUUUCUAACAUUAAACUUUUUCAUGCUCUU